AUGAAUCCUAGCUAUGCAUCAUCCCUCAGUUCAAGUGUCAAAAACUACAAAUACGAGCCAAAUGAUAAAGAGGAACAAGACCGGAUGGACCUGCUGCAUCACAUAUAUCUCCUUCUCCUAGGGGGAGAACUUCAUCUUGCGCCAAUCGCCAAAAAUCCUCAGCGUGUCUUAGAGCUUGGCACUGGUACAGGCAUCUGGGCAAUUCAGUUUGCUGAUGAAUACCCUUCUGCUCAAGUGAUCGGCACUGACUUAAGCCCUAUACAGCCUCCCUGGGUCCCUCCAAAUUGCACAUUUGAAAUUGAUGACUUCGAAAACGAUUGCUUGUAUAAAACCAAGUUUGACUUUAUCCAUGCUCACGAUGAUACUAUUAAGAAGGCUGAGAAUUGUCAGUUACUAUUAAAAAACUUGCAUACAGCUGCCAAUAAAUUUGGCAAGACUCUCGACAACGUGCACCUAUGGAAAGAAAAGGUGGAAAAGGCAGGGUUUGUUGAUGUGAAAGAAUCUGUUUUUAAGGUCCCAAUUGGUCCGUGGCCGAAGGACCCGAAAUUAAAGGAGAUUGGAAGAUAUCAGCAAUAUCAGCAGAUCCAGGCUCUUGAGUUCUACACACCGGCGCUACUCUCACGUGUCCUUGGCUGGAAUAAUAUGGAGAUCCAGGUAAUAUUGUCAAAGGCACAAAGUGAGCUUAAGGAUCAUUCGAUACACCUAUAUACUACCGUUCACUAUGUAUAUGGACGAAAGCCUUAA